CGGGCGCUCACUGUUCACGCCUAUAAACUUAAUUAUUCUCCCUAUAAAACCCUAAAACCAGAUCACCUGAAGGAAUGUGAGCGUUUCCUAUCUUUUUACCUCUUCUAUAAUCGUCCUGCUAAUCCGCUCGAAGUCACAGAGAUGAGACCUCCAAGAGGCCGAGGUGGGGGUGGAUUCAGGGGAAGAAGUGAUGGAGGACGGGGAAGAGGAAGAGGAGGUGGGGGAAGAGGUGGAGACGGCGGUGGGAGAGGCCGCGGUGGUGGCCGUGGCGGUGGAAGGGGCCGUGGUGGCCGCGGUGGUGGAAUGAAAGGGGGGAAUAGGGUCGUCGUCGAACCCCAUAGACACGAAGGGGUGUUCAUUGCUAAGGGCAAAGAAGAUGCUCUCGUCACUAAAAACAUGGUUCCCGGGGAGGCUGUCUACAAUGAGAAGAGGAUUUCCGUGCAGAACGAAGAUGGAACAAAAGUUGAAUAUAGGAUUUGGAACCCCUUCCGCUCGAAGCUGGCAGCUGCCAUUCUUGGUGGUGUUGAUAAUAUCUGGAUUGUUCCUGGAGCUCGUGUUCUCUACCUUGGAGCUGCUUCAGGGACAACAGUUUCUCAUGUAUCUGAUAUCGUUGGACCUACUGGGGUGGUCUAUGCUGUGGAAUUUUCUCAUAGAAGUGGGAGGGACUUGGUUAACAUGGCUAAGAAGCGCACAAACAUUAUACCCAUCAUUGAAGAUGCAAGACAUCCUGCAAAGUACCGUAUGUUGUUAAGCAUGGUGGAUGUGAUAUUCUCUGAUGUUGCCCAACCUGAUCAGGUAUGUUCUGAUCCUAUUGGCUGACAAAGUUGGGCUUGUCAAUACUUUUUAUUACGAAGAGUGAAUGUUUUAGAAUGUUCUGUACAAUAUUGUGUAGUUAUCAAUGUUGCUGGAUUAACAUAGUCCCUGUUCUCUGUUGGUUAUUUAUCUUGCUGUUCGCAUAUUCCUCAAAUUGUAUUCUAUUUUAGUUCUAUUUUUUUCCUUUAUUUUUAUUAUGCUACAAUAAUGAAUUUCAUAUAUAGAUUUUAAAUACCAUAGGUAGUAAAGGAUAUGACCUUGAUCUGUUUGGGUUUUAUCUCACUUCCCCCUGUUUUAUUGUUUCUUGCUGACUCUUGACUCAUCAGGGUCACAGCACCUCUGGUUGUUUUUUUUUUCCUUUCCUCUUGGAUAUUGCAUCAUCAUGUAAUAUUUUUUUUGACCAACUUAUUAUUACCUUAUCUAUUUUUUUUUUCAUUCAUUUUUAUUUGAUAUGCACAAUUUUUCAGACUAUUUAUUAGUAUGGUUGCCUGUUAUGUAUUUUUAUAUGUUAAAUAAUUAAAUAAUUAAGUAAUUUCAUCAAAUUUGGAGUUCUUAUUUCUUAUCAACUUCAUCAACAUUUGCAAUUAUAUGGUGAGGUGGAUACAUGAAUAUCAGUGAUGUGGGUUGUAGACUCUGUGGUUCAUUUUGAAAAUGGUUUCAUGUCCUUUUUUAUUAAUUUUUUUAAUCUUUAAAAGUUUUUUUUUGCGUUGGGAUCUUGAUGAUACAUCUUCUGUGUUCUGUUUCUUGUAGAACACAUAACAGCUAAAUAUUUAAUGCUUUGAAAUCCCAAUGAUUUUUAUUUCUUUAAAAUAAUUUAUGUGAACUCAUUUCACUCAGUUUUCCGUGAACUAGCAGAUGAUGAGUUACUCGGAUUCCCCUUCAGACCUUGUGUGUGAUGUAAUCCCGAGUUUCUGAUGCAAAUA